AUGGAGUGUACACAGAAGCUUAUAAGCGAAGGAAAGCACACGGUUUUUCUUACGCGUGUAAAGAAAACCGAGGCCUGCAAGAAUGCGGAGGGCGAGGACCAAACGGGCCAGGAGGAGGUAGUUGAGAAAAUACAAAAGAGACACGGGAGCAUGGCCCCGCGAGGGACUCUCCGGAAAGGCCGAGUCAUCUCCAGCACGAGCACAAGCACGCAGGAAGAGAAAGGCCGUGGAAAGCGCAUUCUGGGCGUGUACGGGGAAAUAGAGGUAAAUGGAGGGACGUAUCUGGUGUACGUGGAAGAGCACAGAAAGGUUGGUGAGCUGCAGGGACAUUUUGUGUAUGAAGCGCUCUCGUGCGGGUCUAUAUGCAUUGACGGGCUGUGCGACCCGUACGUGAAGGGGAUGAUCGAGGAGUUUUUCAAAAUUCCUGGCCUGUACUUUUCCGAGUGCGGGCUGGCACACAUUGGGGCGAACUGCUCUGAAAACACGGACUUCAUAUACAACUACAUUCCGCUCUCCAAGUUCAGGCAGAGCCACCCGCACGCAAGCGAGUUUGGGAUUGAGCUAGUGCAGGGCUAUGUGGGCGCAGAAAUGCUUACGGGCAAAGUCGAUGCCCGAUGCACGCUUGUAAGCCGGCGGUCGUGGCGAAAUGCAGGGACGCGGUACUAUGCAAGAGGAUCCGACCCAAACGGAGAUGCAGCAAACACUGUGGAAACACUCCUCAUUGCUGAGGCCCAGGGCAAGGAGUACGAGUUUAUGCAGUGCAGAGGCUCGAUUCCUCUUCUGUGGGAGCAGAAGAUAGACCUGUCCUACAAGCCGCCGGUCAAGAUGGGGAACACCGACCUCAGCAAGCAUCUGUUUAUGAAGCAUCUGGGGGUUCUGCAGAAAAGGUAUGGCGACUACUUUUUCAUAAACUUGCUGGAUGAAAAAGGGCACGAGAAAGAGCUGGGGGUGGAGUUUGUCCGGUUUUUGAAGGAGUCGGGGUGCGGGUAUCUCUCCGUUGACUACCACAGGAUGAUGAAGAGCGCGGAGAAGAAGGCGGAGUUUAAGCAGAACUUGAAAAAAGCUUUGAAAAACAAGUGCAUAAUCCGCACAAACUGCGUGGACUGCCUGGACCGGACAAACGUAGUGCAGUCACAGCUGUCCAAGAUACGGCUGGUGGAGCUUUUGUCUUUGCAGGAGAUGGCAAAGGACGGGAGUGUUCUGGACAUAGACGACUACUUGAACGAGCUGUCCAUCAAAAAGCUAGGGCAGCUGUGGAACAACAAUGCAAACAUGCUUUCCAUGCAGUACACAGGAACUUCGGCUCUGAAGAACGACUUGACCGAGCACGGAGUGAGAACCAUUAAGGGGCUUAUCCAGGACGCAAUCAGCAGCGGGAAGAGGUACGUGAACAACAACUUCACCGAUGGGCGGAUGCAAGAAAUAAUCGAAAUAGUCACUGGAGUGCGGACGUAUCUGGGAAACUGUAUUAGGGGAGAUAGAAGGCUAGGCACAUACUUCAUUCUGUGCUUUAUUGCUGCAGUGCUUGCAUAUGCGCAGUAUAGCACAAGGGCAGGGAAUGCCGUUCUUUUGUGUGCUCUGGUGCUGCUGCCCAGCAUGAUGACUCGUUUUCUGUCGCUUCCAUCUCCCCGAAAGCACCCAAUUGCAAAAAAAGAGGAUAAGCGUGCAUAG